AUGCUCCAACUGACCCUCAUGUCUCAAACAGUCGCAUCGAUCCUGGUCUUCAAGCUACUAUUGCUCCUAUACGCGAGCCAGGCUCGACCGGUACCGGCUGGUGAACUUGGCGCAAGUCCUUUUACCUACAGCGAUGAGCAUUGGAACAAGUCUCCCCUUGCCGAGCCUCACGAUAGCCAGGCGUCGUUUCCACACGACGGCUUCAACCCUACUGGAACCGAUCUUCACGGAGACUCGUCGGUGUGGCAAGAAUGUCUCCAUCUUUACCAGACCUGGCCAUACAGCGAUAACCCUCCGGUCCAUGUCCCCAACACAGAUCAGAGCUUCAUACCUACCGGAACCGAUCUUCACGGAGACUCGUCGGUGUGGCAAGAAUGUCUCCAUCUUUACCAGACCUGGCCAUACAGCGAUAACCCUCCGGUCCAUGUCCCCAACACAGAUCAGAGCUUCAUACCUACCGGAACCGAUCUUCACGGAGACUCGUCGGUGUGGCAAGAAUGUCUCCAUCUUUACCAGACCUGGCCAUACAGCGAUAACCCUCCGGUCCAUGUCCCCAACACAGAUCAGAGCUUCAUACCUACCGGAACCGAUCUUCACGGAGACUCGUCGGUGUGGCAAGAAUGUCUCCAUCUUUACCAGACCUGGCCAUACAGCGAUAACCCUCCGGCCCAUGUCAUCAACACAGAUCAACAAGGCACCCCUCAACACCACGAGGAACACAGUGAGAAGAGCUUGCCAGUUGACAUGCCCAGACAUGGUGAAAGCGAACCUCAAGGCUCUGUCCACGACCAGGCUCAAGGGCCCGUUCAGAAAGCAAAUAAGAAGAGGAGGAGGCCACUUCUUAGUGAUAAAGAACGUGCUAUGCUUCCCAAAAAUAUCUUGGAGCUCCUUGAUAUGGAUUCUGAUGAGCUACUCAGCAAGUAUCAGCACGCUUGCAUUGCGGAAAGCCUUGGAGCUAUCAUGCAAGCCCGGAGAAAGCCGCAAAAAAGCCGCGCUCGAAAGAGAAACCCCCAUUCAUCGCGGUGGGAAAAGAAAAACCUACCUGAGCUCAAGAAGCUGGCUCACGAAGGAAAUAAGAUCCUCAUAAGAGACAUCGAUGAUGAGCGUUAUUUCAUUACACCAACCCCAAAAUACACGACGUUGCCUCUCCAGGUGGCCGACGAGAAUCUACUUGAAAUAGUAAAUAUUCUCGGCACCUUUUGGAAUCGACCCACCGAAACCCGUGACCGAUGGUUAAGGGACGAAUUCUUGAGGCUCAAGAAGAACUCAAUUCUUGUGGCCACGCAGCAGCAGAUAGCGGUACAGCAAAGCAACGAGACUGGAUCAUCGUCCAAAACACACAAAAACGAUGUGGAACUUGACAAAUUCACCUCUCGCAAUAUACGAGAAGCUCAAACACACGGCAAAGCGGUGCAGGAAGACUAUGAUGGCUCUCGUUACUUUUUCACACGGGAGAGACACUACGUUUCGCUGCUCGCAUGGCAAGCGGACGACUACUCAGGCGAAGUGAACAGGAUCGUGAGACGGUAUAACAGGAAAUUAAUAUCUGAAGCUGAGCUCAUUGCCGAAAUGAGGAACGUCAAAAGAGCUGCAGAGCGUGAGCGGAGGACGAGGGAAGAACAAAAUUAA